UAAUAUCGCGGUUAAUACAAUAACGUGCUUCGUGCCGAUAUAUUUAAAUAUAAAACGCUGGACCGUUACAUGAACGGGGUCUCUGAGGCCAGCCAGCAGGGGGCGCUAACUAGCUGUUAGCUUCGCCAUGACGGUUCACGUUUGACAGCAACAUGUUGAGCAACUAGAGCAACAACAUUGACCAUAAAAGUCAACCAUGAACCACACUGAAGGACACUGUGUCAGGUCCAAGCAGCGGUCCACCUCCACCUCCUCCACCCUGCCUCCCAUCUCCAACAGGACCCUGCACCACCCCUCUUUCAUGCCUCUGUACGCGGCUUCAGGCUUCAUGCACCAUCACAGCGGCCAAACACUGCACCCCAUCAUCCCCGCGGAGUUUUACUACAUCGACCCCACCGAGAGCUCCGGGAGGAGGAACCCCAACUUCGUGACUGAGCUGACGGUCCUCGAUUGCUUCCAGCUAAACACUCCACCGCCAGUUAUGACCGCCCGCCCCGCCCCACCAACCCGUCCAGACCCAUUUAGAUCCGGCGCACAUCUCACCAGGAAUCUGGGCAGCCUCACCUUUAAAAUAGACACCCUCCACCGUCCGGUGCAGCCAAGCCAGGUCGUCCUCCAGCUCACCCAAGAGGAGGACCAGGCCAUUACUAACCUCCUGAAACUGCACUACCAAGAGCCCAGACAGACUGAUGAGACCCUUACUGCUCCACACAUGGACAGUCACCCUGAACCCACACAAGUUUAUGAGCCCUGCUGUAGCGAUGUGCAGCAUCCCAGUCUGAGAGGUCAUUCGCAGCAAGGGAGAUGUUGGUCGGUCGCAGAGCUUGAUGCAGCCAACACCCUCUUGAGUCGCUUUUGCCUGAUGGAGGAGGUCAACAUCUGGAGCCACGACGACAAUAGAACAGCAUCAACAAUCCCUGAUUCUCUACCACACCAGCGUCAAGGAUCCGGGACUGAUUUUACCCAACACGACAUUGACUACGUCAGCUUUAGUCGUGUUGGGGAAUCUGGAGAACAAGGCUGGAGGUAUUUUGUGUUUGCGGAGGGAAUGGAUGCCGAUGACGUGGCAGUCGGUGACGUAUCGUCUUCACCACCGAGGCUGCCUUCAGCGUCCUCAAAGAGCAGAACGAGCAUCUCUCGAGAUCAACGGACGCUCUCGGACUCUGAGGGAGAUGCCGUGCUUGUACUCCUGAGCCUCGGCAACGUUGGAUCGUUGGAUAUUGUGCAGUGAUUCUCUUAAAUUUUUGAGGGUCUUUUCUUCCCUGGGUGUGUUAUUACGGGACUUUACUAUAUUUUUCUUAUUAUGGAAACAACUAGGUGACGGUUUGCCCUGGUUGCUUUGAAAGUUUGGACCCCAAAAAAACGUAUUUUUCUAGGAUUUAUUUACCACUUGAGAAGA